UUCUCCUUUUCCCUGACUUGACAUUAAUUGUUGCUGGGGGUGCUGGACAGGGAGAAGGGGAGGCAAUGAGCUCACGGCAGCCCCACUCCCUGCCAGCCCUCUGACUCAUGCUCCCCAUUACCGAAUUUUUUCCGCCUCACAGCUGCCUGGUGUUGAGUGGGGGGUGGGGGCAGGGUGUGUGUGUGUGUGUGUGUGUGUGUGUGUAGACCCCCUCCCUCAGCCAAGACUCAACCCUUAGUCCUGCUGGCCCCUUCCACCCCAGUUUCCCCAGGGUUCAGCCACUGCUCCCUCAGAGGGGGGACUCAAGGCUUUGCAUUCAACCCCACCAGGGGGAACCCACAGGGCUUCCUCAGUCUUCCUUCCCAAUCCAGGAAGUCCUUCCUGGUUUCUGGCUCUGAGCCCUCUUGCUGCUGAACUGUGAGCCCCAGCUGCACCAGGUCCCCAAACCCCAUCUCUCAGUCUGCUCUACCCCGGUGUCGCCAUGUUCCCUGGCUGGACAAGAGGCAGACGGGUGGGUGCUUGUGCGUGCCCCUGUGGGUCCCAGCAGCCUCCAGCCCGCCCUACCCUAUGCAUCUCUAAGCACAGCAGGGCGACCAGCCUGGAGGCUCCCUGGCUCCCUGUGGGAGUUUGCAGUUGGAUACCCUCCCUCCCCUCCACCACCACCCCCCUCCUCCCCAGAUCUCAUCAGCCGGCCAGCCCCCUCCCUGCCCCCACUCCUGUCCCCUGCUGCCUCCUCGGCAGGCAGCCUCUCUUCCUUCUGGCAGAGCGUCCAGCCACUGCCUGCUCCUCCCCGGUCCAGGGCUCCUCUGGCAGGCGCUUCCCUCCCUCCCUCCUUCCCUCCCUCCCUCCGGUGGCGGUAUCGGUGGCCGCAGCCUCCUCCCCUCUCCUGCUUGCGUCCCCUUUCACCCCGUCCCUGCCCUGGACUCUGCAAACAUGAGGGUCUUGGCCUGCCUCCUUGUGGCUCUGAUGGGGAUCCAGGCUGUGGAGCGGCUGCGUCUGGCCGACGGUCCCCAUGGGUGUGCAGGCCGCCUGGAGGUGUGGCACGGCGGGCGCUGGGGGACAGUGUGCGAUGACGGAUGGGACCUGCGGGACGCUGCCGUGGCCUGCCGGGAGCUGGGCUGCGGGGGUGCACUGGCCGCCCCCGGAGGUGCCUUCUUUGGGGAGGGUGCGGGGCCCGUGUGGCUGAGCGAGCUGGCCUGCCGGGGCAGUGAGGGGCAGCUGGAGCUCUGCCCCCACCGGGGCUGGAAGGCCCACAUUUGCUCCCAUGAGGAGGAUGCGGGCGUCGUCUGUGCAGGUCAGCGUGUGGCCAACUCAAGGGACGGGGACGACCCACCAUUGAUCCUGGAGGGGGACCCCUGGCCAGGGCUGUCUGGGGAGCUGAGCCCUGGCUCUGAGGGGCCUCCUGUGACCCACGGCCCCCGCCCAGCUGGGACCCCACAGAACAGCUCCAGGAAGAAGAGCCCUCGGCCAGUCAAGCAAGCCAAGUCCACCAGGGCCCCUCUGUUGACUGCUGGAGCCCCCCGACAGGAGCGGCUGCGCCUUGUCUCGGGCCCCCACGGGUGCUCCGGUCGCCUGGAGGUGUGGCACGGUGGGCGCUGGGGGACGGUGUGCGAUGACGGAUGGGACCUGAGGGACGCCGCUGUGGCCUGCCGGGAGCUGGGCUGUGGGGGCGCGCUGGCUGCCCCUGGAGGCGCCAGAUUCGGCCCAGGCUCAGGGCCCGUGUGGAUGGAUGAUGUGGGCUGUGGAGGCGGAGAGCAAGUUCUGCGGGACUGUCCCAGAAGCCCUUGGGGUCGGAGCAAUUGUGACCACAGCGAGGAUGCAGGGCUGGUCUGCACAGGCCCGGCCCCACGGCUCCGCCUGGCUGAUGGUCCCCAUGGGUGUGCGGGCCGCCUGGAGGUGUGGCACGGCGGGCGCUGGGGGACAGUGUGCGACGAUGCCUGGGACCUGCGGGACGCCUCUGUGGCCUGCUGGGAGCUAGGCUGCGGGGCUGCACUGGCUGCCCCCGGAGGCGCCUUCUUUGGGGAGGGGGCUGGGCCCAUCCUCCUGGACGACCUCCGGUGUCGGGGUAAUGAGACGGCCCUGCGAUUUUGCCCAGCGCGGCCCUGGGGCCAGCAUGACUGCCACCACCGGGAGGACGCAGGGGCCGUGUGUGAUGGUAUGCCUAUUGGAUACGUCCCUCCCACGGCCCCGGCAGUGGACAGCAAUCACUCUUUGCCCAGGGAGGCAGCAUCCCGGCCCCCAGGCCCCGCAGGGAGCCAGGCCCCAGGAACCGCCGGCAUCUCUCCUCCUCCUGCCUCCCCCACUGCCCCUUGGGAGCCUGGACCAGAAGCUGGGUCCCCCCAACUUCGCCUGGUGGCAGGGCCCAGCAGGUGUUCAGGCCGGCUGGAGGUGUGGCAUAGUGGGCGCUGGGGGACGGUGUGUGACGACAGCUGGGACCUACAGGACUCAGCUGUGGUCUGCCGGGAGCUGGGGUGUGGCAGAGCUCGGCAGCAGGACCCCGCAGCUGGUCGCUUUGGCUGGGGGGCUGGCCCCAUCUGGCUGGACGACGUGGGGUGCCUGGGGACUGAGGCUUCACUCUUGGACUGCCCUGCUGCACCCUGGGGGAAGCACAACUGUGCUCACAAUGAAGACGUUGGAGUCACCUGCACUGAAACCUCUGGCCUGGACUCUAUCUCAGACCCCUUCAGUUGGAGCUGGAUCCCUGGCCUGGGUAGAGAUCCGGAUGCCUGGCUCCCUGGGAAGCUCGCUACCAAGCCGCCUGCAAGGCUGACCCCCAGUGUUCCUGAGAAAACCACUACCAAGGCCCCAGGGAAAACACCCAAGAGUACUAAGAAGUGGGUGACCAAAAAUGCAAGGAGACCAACCACUCAGCCCCCUGUGAUGCCAACCACUAAACACUCCAGGGUCCUGGGUACCCAGAGGCCCCCAGAACUGACCUCAUGGCCCACUACAACCCUGACCACUGAGGCCUCCCGGAAAACAGUUUCUGAGUCUACUGCAAAGCUGACCACUGAGGUCCCCCACAGGAUAACCCCACAUACUACUGCAACACGGACUCCCCGGACCCCCCGAGAGCGGACCUCUAAGACUGUGGCAACUUCAACCACUCGAGGACCCCAAGAAAUGGCUUCUGAGGCCAUGGUGAAGCAAAUCCCUCUGGAUUCCAUGGAUCCAUCUACUGAGACUCCUGCACAAGGUUCUCCAGAGUCAUCCAAAGACCUAGCUCCCUCCCCUACUGGGGGCACUGCUGGGGGAUCAGCAGGCCCGUUCCGGGUGCGUCUGGCCGACGGGCCCAACCGGUGUGCUGGCCGGCUGGAAGUGUGGCAUGCUGGGCGCUGGGGGACAGUGUGCGAUGACAGCUGGGACCUGCGGGACAGUACCGUGGCCUGCUGGGAGCUGGGCUGUGGAAGGGUCCGGCCGCGAGUGGGCAAAACCCACUACGGCCCCGGGACUGGCCCCAUCUGGCUGGAUGACGUGGGCUGCAAGGGAAUCGAGGCCUCGCUGAGUGACUGCCCUGCUGGGGCAUGGGGCCAGCACAACUGUGACCAUGAAGAAGACGUGGGGCUCACCUGCACUGGCUACGCAGAUGAGGAUGAUUAUCCCCCUUGGACCUGGGAUCCCACCUCAGGAGAGGACCUGGCCAAGGGGACCACCACUGCAGGGGUACCUGGACACACACUCUCCUGGAGCUCCACCAAGAGCCCAGGGGCCCCCUCCCCAGCAACAAGGCGUCUUCCGGACACAGGUGAGGAGGAUAGUUAUGAGCCUUCCCGGACGUGGGAUAUACCUUCAGGAGGGGCUCUGCCCAAAGGGACACCCACAGGAGGCAUACCUGGACCCACUCUUACCACUGGCACCACUUGGAGCCCAGGCCAUCCCUCUUCAACUCCAAGGAUCCCUGGAGACACAGGUUCCCCGAGGAAACUGUGGAGACUGCGGCCGGAGCGUCGACCACAGCGUCCCACAGCAGCCAGGACAGCGCCCCCUGCUCCUUCCUCAGUUCCCUCAGCCUCCCCAGAGCCCCCCGACCCACCGGUGACCUCCGACUCUGUACCAACGCUCAUUCCCCAGGCAGCUUCAACACGGAAGGUGACCUCUGACCCUCCUGACACUUUGUCACCCAGACCAGACCUGGCCUCCCGGAUGAACUCUGACCUUACCUCGAUAACCCCUGGCCUCACUUUGUCCACCCCUGAUGCCGCCGUGAUUCCAGCACUGACACCAGAUCUCUCACCCACCCCACUACCCACCUUGCCCAAAGAAUUGACCUCUGGCCCCUCUGUGCCAGAAGUGGUGACCCACCUUUUUACUACCUCAGAACUGACUCCAGAAUCUGACAAAACCCCAAACCUGGACACAGCUCCAUACCCCAACACAGUUCCAGAUCAUUCCAGAUCCCCAGACCCCUCGACAAGCCUCUACCCCACUGGCACCCUUCACUCUACCUUGAAAUCUCACCCCUCCACCUCUCAACACACUACCAUCCCUCACUCCAUCAGGACCCCUCACUCUAUUACACCCCCUCAACCCACCACAACCCCACAAUCCACCAUAUUUCCUCAACAUACCAUAACCCCACAACCCACAUCUCCUCAACCCACCACAAUCCCACAACCCACCACAUCUCUUCAACCCACCACAACCUCACAAUCCACCACAUCUCCUCAACCCACCACAACCCCACAACCCACCACAACCCUUCAACCCACUACAACCCCUCAGUCCACCGCCGCUCAACUGGCCACAACACCUCACCCUCUCACAAUCCCUUACCCUGCUACGACCCCUCAUUCUAUCACCUCUACUCACCCUGCCAUGACGGCUGACCCUACCUCAACCCCUAUGAUCACUAUCAAGUCCACUCUAACUUCCUUGGGAACAGAACUCUUCUCUCCCACUCCAGCACCAACAGUCAAGCCUAGCUUCCACCCCUGGUUGACCUCCACAGGGGCUCUUCACCUUUCUACAUCCCAGAUGUCAAGCCUGGCACCUUUUCUAACCUCAGAGUCCAGCCGCUCCAGGCCUUCUCCAGCUCUAAGCAUGGACACACUGUCUACUGAGGACUUCAAACCACCAAGAAGCCAGAGCCCCAGACCAACCCCACUACCCCCCCAAACCCCACACUCAGCCUCUGACCCUACAGUGACCUCUGACCUCCACCUAUCUUCCAUGGCCCACCCCUUGGAUCAACCUCCUCCUGACCACCUCACCCCAAGGUCAAACCCUGGUCAGAGCCCAGACCCCCUUGGCCCAUGUGUGGUUCCAACACCACCUUUAAGGGUCAUGGCUUGUGAGCCACCUGCCCUGGUAGAGCUGGUGGCUGCUGUGAGGGACAUGGGUGGCCAGCUGCAGAGGCUUACCCAGGUCCUGGAGCAGGAGCAGCAACAGCGCCAAGCCCUGGGACUGGGGCUGACCCAGCUGGUGGAGGCCACCCGGGGCCUAGGGCAACUGGGUGAGGUUGUAAAGAGACUGGCUGAGAGGGCCUGGCCCCCUAACACAUUUGCACCAACCACCACCACCCCAGAAGAGGAAGAAAGGCCUCUGAGGGGAGAUGUGUGACCCUAUAUGGGAUUUGAGGGGCUAAGACACAGCCAACCAAAAAAUUAAAACCAAAGUAUCUAAUUAA